AGGCCAGUCCAGCAGGUGAUUGCGGAGAUGACCAAUGGAGGCGUGGAUCGAAGCGUUGAAUGUACAGGAAGCGUCCAAGCAAUGAUCUCUGCGUUUGAAUGUGUUCAUGAUGGGUGGGGCGUUGCUGUGCUUGUUGGGGUACCAAACAAAGAUGAUUCCUUCAAAACACAUCCAAUGAAUUUCUUGAACGAGAAGACCCUGAAGGGAACGUUCUUUGGGAACUACAAGACCCGUUCCGACAUUCCAAAUGUGGUGGAGCAGUACUUGAAGAAGGAGUUGGAAUUGGAGAAGUUCAUUACUAACUCUGUCCCCUUUUCUGAGAUCAACAAGGCAUUCCAUUACAUGCUACAAGGACAGUCAAUUCGAUGCAUCAUCCGAAUGGAGCAUUGAUAUGUUUCCAAACCCCUUUGUGUUCCUCCUU